AUAUAUAUGUAUAAACACGAGUCAUUUAUAAGCCACAAUCCUCUGCUCUCUUUGCUUGUUGCUGCCUUACGAAACCGAGAACCAGAAGAAAGUAAGCCAAACGAAACCCAAGAAACUAGUCACACUGUAGAGACCUACCGCAACCGGAACUCUAAACGGAAGCAUUUUCUGGGAAGCAUUUUGGUCUUCUUACUUUUUAGCUUAUGGUGUCGGUGAACCCCAAUCCAGCUCAGGAGUUUUACUUCCUUGAUCCUAUGAAUAUGGGACUUCCUGGUCUCAAUUCUCUGCCGCCGCAGAUGACUUCUAAUACCCUUAGUACUAAUACUACCUCCACGGCUACUAAUACUACUUCGGCGUCCACGACGAGUGCGGGUGCUAAUACUGUAGCGUUUGCGGACGAUCCCAGUAAGAAGAUCCGGAAACCGUAUACUAUCACCAAAUCUAGAGAGAGCUGGACCGAGCAAGAGCACGACAAGUUUCUAGAAGCUCUUCAACUAUUUGAUCGUGACUGGAAGAAGAUUGAAGCAUUUGUUGGAUCAAAGACAGUCAUCCAGAUACGUAGCCAUGCACAGAAGUACUUUCUGAAGGUUCAAAAGAGUGGGACAAGUGAACAUGUUCCUCCACCACGGCCAAAGAGAAAAGCAGCUCAUCCCUACCCACAAAAGGCACCUAAAAAUGCGGCUCCAGUUGUCACCCAAGUGCCUGGUUCAUUUCAAUCUUCAUCUGCUUCUUUAGAACCUGGAUAUGCUUACAGAUCAGAUGCACUGUCAGUUCCUGGAAAUCCAGUAGCUGGUGGAACUGUGACAACAUGGAGCUUUAAUUCUGUGCCUGCAGUCAAUGUGUCUCAAGUAACUAAAGAUGAUAUGAGAUUGGCUCAGCAAAAAAUUGCAAAUAAUUGCUAUAGUAGCAGCAACGAGAGCACCCCAAGGGCUUGGCAAACUAGUGAAAUAAUUGACCGAGGAGAUCAAGGAAAGCCAAAAAGAGGUCAGUUUGUGCCAGAUUUUGCUCAAGUGUACAGCUUCAUUGGCAGCGUCUUUGACCCCAGUGCCACUGGUCACCUGCAGAGAUUGAAACAGAUGGACCCAAUAAAUUUGGAAACAGUAUUGCUGUUGAUGAGAAACCUCUCCGUUAAUUUGGUGAGUCCGGAGUUUGAGGAUCAUAGAAGGUUGCUGGUCUCAUAUGAUACUGAGAGUGAGAGGGUAAAAUCUGUUAGCCCUUACAGCAAUGUUGGCGUGGACAGAACUCGGGAUAUCCUUUCGGCUCCAAAAGCAGUGAGAGGCUGAAAAGUUCUUUGGUCUUUUGCUACAUUGGGCACAAUAAUGUUCCCAUAAGGUUGUGUGCUAAUUCACAAGAGUAACUGCGGGGGCUAAGGAAAUGUCUGCAAGAAAUAACACUUCCCAAAUGAAUAAGGGGGUUGCCAGAGGUUUGUAUAUAUUUUAAUUCAUGUGAUAUAAUAUUAAGAUGAUAUAGUUUCUUGUAUAUAUAUGAUAGUUUUUGGUCUUCGGAAAUGUAGCGGAGUUAGAUGUUCAAUGUUACGUUUCUCGGGCUAUCUGUAUAGAGUUUUGAGUGAAUUUGUUUUUGUUUUUAUAAAUAAAUAAUAAAUGUAGGUGUGGUUAUGAUGA